AUGUUUUCAGGAGCAUUGAAUUAUAUGAAGGGUUUAGUAGGUACCAACGAAAACUUACAAGUCGAAGAAAGUGGUGAUAAUAAAGGUGAUAUUGAACCAGAGCAAAGAAAGGGUUUACUCAAACAAUUAUCAUCAUAUGUUGGUAAAGAUAUUACAUCUUUAAUCUCAUUACCAGUUUGGAUUUUCGAACCAGUAUCAUUCUUACAAGUUAUGUCCGAACCAUUACAAUAUAACGCUUUAUUAUCUAAAGCCUCAAAACAAGAUAGCGAAUUUUUAUGUUUAGCUUAUUUAGCUGCCUUCAAUUGUGCAUUAUAUAGUACUGCUGUUAGAACAAGAAAACCAUUUAAUCCAAUUUUAGGUGAAACCUUUGAAAUUGUUGAUAAAAAAGGUGAAUUUAGAUUCCUUGCAGAACAAGUUAGUCAUCACCCACCAAUUGGUGUAUCAGAGACAAUUUCAGAAGAUUAUACUCUUCAAUUAGAAACAUUAUUGAAAUCCAAAUUCUAUGGUAACUCAUCAGAGGUUGAAAUUGAUGGUACCAAUCAUUUCUUCAAUAAGAAGACCAACCACCAUUACACAUGGAAUCAUUUGGUAACUUGUUGUCAUAACAUUAUCAUUGGUUCAUUAUGGUUGGAUCAUUAUGGUGAUUUAGUCAUCGAAAAUCACACUACCGGUAGCAAGGCAGUACUCAAAUUUGCUAAAUCUGGUUGGUUAGGUGCCGGUCGUUAUGGUGUCACUGGUGAAAUUGUGGAUUGUGAAGGUGAUGUUAGAUACAGAAUCACUGGUAAAUGGAAUGAAUCCAUUCAAUUAUUCCAAGUCAUGGAUAAUGGUUCAUCCUCUACCACUUCCACUUGUCUUUGGGAAGCCAGCAAAGAACCAAUCAAUAAUAAAUUUUUAUUCCCAAGAUGGGUCGAAGAAAACGUUAUUGAUCUCAACGAUGAAUACAAAAAGAUAUUACCAGUCACCGAUUCUCGUCUUAGAGCAGAUCGUAUCGCUUUAGAAGAAGGUAACUUGGAUGUCGCAGCUAAAGAAAAACACAACUUGGAAGAGAAGCAAAGAGAAGACAAAAGACAAAGAGUUGCUGAAAACAAAGAAUGGGAAACUGCUCAAUUUAAAAAAGUCGAUGAUGCUAAAUUUGGUUACAGAUGGAAUUAUUGUGGUAAUUAUUGGGAAGAAAGAGAAGAAAGAGUUAAAGCAGCAGCUUCAAAUUAA